UUGUUGUUCAGCUUAAGCGGCGUAAAAUAGCACCGCUGGAACAUUUAGUACUCACGGUGGAAGAGGGCGGGCUUCCUCUCCGGCAGCGGCAGCGACAGCACACGGCGCACAUAAAGCGCUACGGUUACAUGUUGCACUUGCCGGCAAAAUUUGUAUAAAGUUCCUUGCGGAUUAUACAGUGAAGCGCAUGAGACAGGCGGGAGACAAAAGUGAAAUAUUGUCCACUACAGCCAUGUUUCCAGGGGAAAGGCACAUAUUAAAGGCACAAAAGAUCUACCCUUGAUGCUGCCACCCCAGCAACAAGAAAAGGUUAUGUCUUGAGGAGAUGGCGAAAUUUGAGGAUGUGUGCCCAACUGCACAGUCUCCUAUUGCCCUCUUUUCCUCACAGGGUUUAGACAUCACGCCAAACAAAGACCGGGGAGUGUGCAAGAUUGUGAAGCGACAUGGUACAGAGGGAGAGAAGCCUAUGAUUGGGGACAAGGUGCAUGUUCACUACACUGGAAAACUGCUUAAUGGGAAAAAGUUUGACUCCAGUUAUGACCAUAAGGAACCUUUUGUCUUCAAUGUAGGCAAAGGUCAGGUGAUCAAAGCAUGGGAUAUUGGUGUGUGCUCCAUGCAGAAAGGAGAAGUGUGUCUGCUGAUGUGUAAGCCAGAAUAUGCCUAUGGCUCUGUUGGCAGCCCCCCAAAGAUACCUCCAAAUUCUACACUAUUGUUUGAGGUAGAGCUGUUGAGCUUUAGAGGUGAGGAUCUUUCAGAGGAUGGUGGAAUCAUAAGGAGAAUAAAAGUCAAAGGUGAAGGCUACAACAAUCCCAAUGAUGGAGCCACAGUUCAUGUGCAUUUAGAAGGAAGAUGUUGUGGCCGUUUGUUCGAUUCACGGGAUGCCACAUUUGUGGUGGGAGAAUCUGAGGACAUAGGCAUUCCUCUGGGAGUCGAUCGGGCCAUGGAAAAGAUGCAGAAAGGGGAAUGCUGUCUAUUAUACUUAAAACCCAAAUAUGGAUAUGGUAAAGAGGGAAAACCAGAAUUGGAUAUUGGACCAAAUACAGAGCUUUUGUAUGAAGUGACGCUCAAAGAUUUUCAAAAGGCCAAAGAAUCCUGGGAAAUGGCCUUGAGUGAGAAACUAGAACAAGCAGUUUUAGUUAAACAGAAAGGAACCCAGUACUUCAAGGCUGGGCGAUACUACCAGGCUGUCAUUCAGUAUCAGCGUAUUGUGACAUGGCUUGAAAUGGAGUGUGGAGCUGGAAAGGAGCAACAACAGGCCAUUCAGGACCUCCUGCUUGUGGCCAAUUUAAACCUAGCUCUGUGUUACCUACGUUUGCGUGAAUAUUCUCAAGCUGUGGAAAGCUGUAACAAGGUGGUAGAGCUAGACCAUGCGAAUGAGAAGGCACUGUAUCGGCGUGGAGAGGCUCGCCUGUUGAGGAAUGAAUUCAGUCUGGCCCUUGUGGACUUCCGGCAAGUUCUGCAUGUCAAUCCCAGCAACCGUGCAGCCCGUUGCCAGAUUGCGGUCUGCCAACGCAAGAUACGUGAACACAAUGAGCGUGAUAAAAAGAUCUAUGCAAACAUGUUCCAGAGGUUUGCUGAACAUGAUGCCAAGGUAAACCGAUUAAAAAGGACUAAAGAAGAUUGUGGAGUACUUAAUCAAAACUGCAAGCCUGUGAAGAGGCCACGAAGGAGUCAGGAUGGCCCCUAAUGGGUCCAUAGCCCACCUCACGUGUGGGCGGAGCUGACCUUAUAUGUUUGUGCUGAAUACUCAUGGACAGGCCCUUUUUACGCAUCAUGGCAUGACCGCUAUCUCUCAGCACCCAAAAGACAAAGGCUCACACAAGACUAGGUAUAAGAGCAUGGGUCACUGAAGAGGCUAUAAACGUGCAUUAAAUGGCAUUCCAACAGACAAAAUACACACAUGACCACUGGUAUUCAACAUCUAACCUCCAUCACAAACAGUGGGAGCUAAAAGUCUAAGAUCACACUGAAUUGUGGGAAAUUGUUUGAACUAAUUUUUGUUCUUAUUUAAAGGUAAGUAAAUUUGUGAUAUUGAACAUGUCAACUGCUUUGUACAAAGGUUCAGAUAUCCCUUAUUCUUAUUCCCUUGUAUUGAAGCAUGUUUUCAUAGGGAACUGGGGGAUAUGAUCUAGCUUGAGUGCACACUAUCAUUAAAGCAAGAUAUUGACAUAGAAAAUACCAAGAAACAAUGAAUUUCCUGUACUGUACAUAUUUAAAAGCUUUUAUUUUUCAUUCAAGCCACUGUCAGCAAUAUAAUUUGAAAUGGAAAGAGUGCAAAAUAGAAGAAGUUGCUCUCAGACUUUUGGACCCCACUGUAUAUCUGAGCCUUGCAAGGCAUUUGUAUACUGUAAAGAUGUGAUGAUAAGAAUAAAAGUUGGUACUGUAUAUCAUGAUUUCAAUAAUUUGUUUUGUUUUAGUGGCUUGGGAUGAUUUCAAUAUUAGUCUUGAGAUAUACAUUGUGGGGAGGUUUAUCAGCAUGUGUGAGUUUAGACAAAUAACUACAUUUGAUAGAUGGACUCCAAAAUUCUGUAUUGCCAUCAUAUUUUUCCUAAUCUGUUGACACAAAAUGCAUCCUUCCCUAUGGGAACAUGGACUAAUGAUUAUACGGCUAACUGGAAGACCGUAACUUUUUUUGCACACUCCCUGUUGAAAGAAUAAAAUGUCUGAAAGUCUC